AUGGAGACGGAGGAGGAUGGGAAGAAGCGGUCGGAGGAGCGGCGGCCGGCGACUGCAGCGGCGGCGCCGGAGGAGUUGGUCUUGGUUAUUUCUUGCGAUGAGGACUCCUCCAAGCAAUAUGGCUCCGCCAAUAGUGGCGACAAGGACGCGAAGCUCCCCGUCCAGAAGCCUUCUGCUGGAUUUUCCCCUCCCCCGGCGGAGGUUGCUAGCAUUAAACAGAGCUCCGACAAGCCGCCUCCCGGCGGCUCUCUCCUCCGGCAGCGGCGUUCCUUCUCCAGGUCGAUGGUCUCCAAACCGAAGUCGCGUUUUGUGGAACCGCCACCUCUGCGUCUCACGGCGGAGGAGGCGAGCCGGCCGGCGCGCGGUGGUUCCCCUGCUCACUGCAGGGCCUCUGAGGACGACGAGGAGGAAGAAGAGGAAAACGAGGAAGCGGAAGAAGAGAUAUACAGGAAGGAGAGAUCCGAGAAGGUAGCGAAGAAGAGGAAGCGCAAAUGCGGUGUCUGCGCUCCGCUGGAGUGGCUGAUCCUUGUGGCGGCGGCGGCGCUCCUGGCGACAAGCCUCAGCGUUCCCAAGCUCCAGGGAUUCGGAAUCUGGGGCCUGGAGAUCUGGGAAUGGUGUGUGAUGGUGAUCGUGGUGUGCUGCGGGCGGCUGCUCACCGGUUGGCUCGUCCUCCUGGUCGUCUUCCUCAUAGAGAGGAACUUCCUCCUCAGGAAGAAGGUCCUCUACUUUGUCUACGGGAUCAAGAAUAGCUUCCGCAUCUGCGUCUGGUUAGGUCUGGUUCUGGCAUCCUGGUCUCUGAUCUUCCGCAGCGUCCGGCGUUCGCAAGAUACGGCGAAGAUCCUCGACUUCGUCUCCCGCGCUCUCGUCUCCCUGCUCGUAGGAUCGUUGAUCUGGCUGGUGAAAACCCUAAUGGUGAAGCUACUGGCAGCCUCCUUCCAUGUCAACACCUUCUUCGACCGGAUCCAGGAGUCCAUCUUCCACCAGUACGUCCUCCAGGCCCUCUCCGGCCCGCCGACGAUGGAGAUGGUGCAGCAUGUCACCGCAGAGAGGAGCUCCGGCUGUCUGAGAUUGCCGAAACCGGGAAGGGGGAAAGAGAAGGGGAAGGGGAAGGUGCAGGGGAUUAUCGACGUCGCGAAGUUGCACAAGCUGAGGCCGGAGAAGGUCUCGGCAUGGACGAUGAAGGGCCUCGUCAACGCCAUUAGAGGAUCAGGUUCGCUCACCAUCUCCAACAUGAUCGACGAGACGGCGAACGAGGAACUGGCCGGCGGCGGCAAGGAGAUCACCGACGAGUGGGAGGCGAAGGCGGCGGCGCGCAGGAUCUUCAAGAACGUCGCAAAGCCCUGUACCAGGUACUUCCUCCUCCUCCUAUCACUGUUCCUCUUCAUCUGCCAUUCCCCUGCGAACUCGUCUCCUUCUUCGUAGGUUCAUCGAGGAGGAGGACCUGCUGAGAUUCCUGACCAAGGAGGAGGCGGAGAUGGUGCUUCCGCAGUUUGAGGGGGCCUCCGAGACCGGAAAGAUCAAGAAGUCAGCCUUCAAGAACUGGGUGGUGAGCUCCAUUUUGACAGUUCAUCUUUAAAUGCAUCGAGGAAAAUCUCCAUCCGACUCCCGUGAGAUUAUCCAGGUGAAGGCCUACAUCGACCGGAAAUCGCUGGCGCACUCCCUGAACGACACCAAGACGGCGGUCAAGCAGCUGCACAAGCUCAUCUCCGUCAUCGUGGUCGUCGUCAUCAUCAUGGUAUCUCUGCUCCUGAUGGGCAUUGCGACGACUAAGGUCUUCGUCUUCAUGUCCUCCCAGCUGCUGCUCGUAGUCUUCGUCUUCGGGAACGCCUGCAAGACCACCUUCGAGUCCAUCAUCUUCGUCUUCAUCAUGCACCCCUUCGACGUCGGCGACCGCUGCGUCAUCGACGGCACGCAGGUCAUCUCCAUGAAACCACAUCCUCUACAUAUAUACAUACCCAUAUGCAGAUUUGCUGAGACUGGAUGAAAGUACAUCCUCUACAUACAUACAUACAUACAUACACCUAUGCAGAUUUGCUGAGACUGGAUGAAAGUACAUCCUCUACAUACAUACAUACAUACCUCUAUGCAGAUUUGCUGAGACUGGAUGAAAGUACAUCAUCUACAUACAUACAUAUAUGCAUACAUAUACGUACAUAUACAUAUACAUACAUACAUAUAUAUAUAUACAUACACAUACAUACACAUCCAUCCAUCCAUACAUACAUACAUACCCCUAUGCAGAUUCACUGAGACUGGAUGUAGUAAAUUCCUCAGAUGAUCGUGGAGGAGAUGAACAUCCUGACGACGGUGUUCUUGAGGUUCGAUAAUGAGAAGAUAUACUACCCGAAUGCGGUGCUGGCGAUGAAACCCAUCAGCAACUUCUUCCGCAGCCCGGACAUGGGGGACACGGUGGAGUUCUCCAUCGACUUCUCGACCUCGGUGGAGAGCAUCGGGGCCCUGAAAGCGAGGAUAAAAUCGUAAGCUCCUCACUCUAAAAACAUAUAUUUAUUAAUAUUUGGAAAAUUAGUCAAAAUAGAAUCCGAAGUAUGUGGGAUUAGCUUGUUAUGAACAGGGCUUCUGUGGUAGCUUCAUUGUUCAUCACGCGGAGGUGAUUCGAUCCAGAAAACAGCUCUGUGAUUUUGCGCAUCUGGUUUUUCCUCGAGGAAUGCACCCAAUUAUCUGAUAAUCAACGGGCCUUCCAAACCAUCCGAAACCAUUUCAAACUCUCAUUCGAAAUCUAGAUGGGUUCCAGUGUUCAAUCCUAUUUCAAGCUCAUUCGAAGCUCCUUUAUCAUCACCUGCUGCUGGUGGGGCCUUGCAGGUACAUAGAGAGCAAGCCCCAGCACUGGCGGUCAAACCACAGCGUGGUGGUCAAGGAAAUUGUCAACGUCAACAAGCUGAACAUGGCCCUGUACGUCAACCACACCAUGAACUACCAGAACAUGACGGAGAAGAACCUGAGGAGAUCCGACCUCGUCGUGGAGUUGAAGAAGAUUUUUGAAGAUCUCUCCAUCAUCUAUAAUCUCCCGCCACAGAAGGUCCACCUCGGCUACACUGAGCCCGUUGUCCCCCCCCUGACCCUCGGAAGGUGA